UUGGCGAGUCGUUUCCUUUGGGGUUAGAUUUUUUGGUUUAGAUAAUUGCUCUUUUUUUUGUAAAUCAAUAACUGUAACUGUAUGAUCUCGGACUUCGUCUAUGUUAAACUACCUAAAAGGAUCCUGGAAUGGAAACAUCAACUUCUUCAAAAACUAUUAAUCCAAGAAUUUCUUUUCCAAUUUGUAUUGAUCACGAAAGACAAACACUAGUUCCUCAGUACAUACAUCCAACUAUAACUUCUAAUAUUGAUUUGCAUACACCUCGUAAUGUACUAAUUAAUCCUAAGACAGGCCAGGAGGAAAGAUUUAGGGAAAAAUGGAGCGAAAAAGAAAAUAUUUUAUUUUUUGAAUAUUUAUCAGCAAAUUUUUAUCAAUGGCAAUUUCAUAAAGGAGAAUUUUAUAAAUGGUUGAGUAAUAAUGUGUUUAGGAAGUAUAGUCAUAAACAAAUUGAAACUAGAUGGAGUCAGAUAUGUGCCAGGUACAAUAAGGUUGUAAAAGAACAACAAAAAGGAAUAAAAAACGAAUGGAUUUACUUUGAUAAGGUGCAAGAAAUAAUGGCUAGACAAAAUUUGUUUAAUCAAUUUGAAAAUGAUGGUGGUGAUGAUGAUGAUGAUGAUGAAAAUAAUGAUAUAGAAGAGGAGGAUUCAGAUCAAAUACAUGAAAGCAUUCUAGGUGAAAGGACUUCUGAUGAAAAUGAAGAUGAUAAAGAAAUUGAUAAUAAUUCACAUGAUGAAUAUAAUAAACGAUCUGUUAAAGAUGGCAAGUUGUCUUAUACAAGAAACAAAACAUAUGUUAAAGAACUUUGGACAUUUGAAGAAAAAAUUUUAUUAUUAAAUAUAAUCAAAGAAUAUAUUGAUGAGUUUUUACAAAAUCGGGUAAAAUUAUUAAAAUGGAUUUCUAAAAAUCAUUUACCAAAAUUUCAUUGGAAAACAAUAAGAAAUAAAUUGUGUAAUUUAUUGCCAAAUUAUACAAAUAAAAAAGCUCGAUUGAAAAAAAAAAAUAUAACUGAACAAGAUCUUGAAUUAUGGACAAGAAUAGAUGAUUUUUUUCAGUUCUUGAAUAAUAAAAAAAAUGAAAUGAAGCCUAAGAGCAGCAAAAAAAAGUAUAAUUAUUAUAAAAAGCAUCAGAGAAUGGCAAAAAAUGAAAGGAAGAGAAAUCCCAAAACCGAUCUGACGCCUUUCACAUUAAAAUAUCAUCAUGGAAUUUCUUAUGAGGACCAAAAAUUAUUGAAAUAUGGACAUUCACUAUUAAAAUAUGCCGAUGAAAAUACGAGUGAAAUAAAUGAAAUAAGUGAGAUUAUAGGAAUAACGAGGUGGCCUGAAAGAUUGGAAUUAUUGAAAGUGUAAGUAAUAUGAAUUUCGGUUAGAUUAUUUUCUUUGUCUUAUUUUUUUUAUUUUAACGCUUCCUUUAAAUGAUAUUUUCUAAGAAUUCCACCAAAAUAUGUAAAUA